AUGGCCCAGUACACCGCAGCAGCAGCAACUAUGUCAGCCAUCUCAGCGGCAGCAGCAAUCGUCUGCAGCGCAGAGUCAUACGCUCGACAUGAUCACCUAUACAGGACAAGUCGUACAGACGAGAACUCGCCCUUCCAACCAGGCCCUCGACAACGUGCCCCAUUCGCAAGUAUGCGAGCUCGUCCCACUUACGGCUAUUAUGAUCAACCCCUGUACUAUCCGCCCGGGUUACACGAACACUACAUACACCACGAUGAGUGUCCAGGUUCACAAUGCCAUUAUCGAGCUUUCCUCACGGACUCAAUCCAGCGGUACAACCAAUCCCGCCGUGACCUCCGCCAAACAUACGUAUGGAACCUACACGAACUCGCGCGCCUACACGCCUCCCAACCCCAAAAACUCACCAAAGACAAAGACGCGGAAGCCGACCGACUCUAUGCAUACUACGUCUCACGGGUCCGCGACGUAUUCGAAGAACACCGACAGGACCACCGGCGCCUCUUCGGACAAGAUUACCUCUGCUGGGCGCAACCCGAGCGCGAGGAUCCCGCGCAAUUGUUACGCAACGGAAUAGGAAGCCGGCUCGCGAGCCGCAUGGGAACAACCGCCAAUGAAAUGAUGCGCAACACCUUAGCACCGAGCGCUGCCGCCACACCUGCGAUUAAGGAAAGCAGGGAAGAAGAAAGGUCUGAAUCGUCUUCAAACAACAGGGUGAUCAACGAAGGUUGAAUUAAUACAAAUCUUUUUUGUUUCUGUGUUUUUGAUUUCGUUAUACACGCCUCUAUGAUUCCUUUCCUAUCCGUCAAACACCGUAUACCGAUGCAAAAACAACCCUUUGCAUUACAUCCAGAUAGCAGGGGGGUAGGGUGGGAAUUCUCUAGAAACCUAAAACAACGCAAGCAAAACAAGCAAGUCUGGCUGGGUACUAACAAUGGGGGGUGAUGGUAAUGGAGGUGUUACAAAACAAAUAGGGCACCUUUUUCUCUCCUGAAUCCCUUAGGUAUCCUGUCCCUCGAUAGGUAGAUAUAUACUUACACGGCACGUUAUUUUUAAAUAGUAAUAAACA